AUGAAAUCGUCUGCCUCAGUAAAACUGACCCUCAAAGUGUCGUCAGAAAAGUUGCAAAAGCUCAAGGACCGGUCGUCGGCCCCCUCCAGCCCGAUGCCCGCAUCUCAAGCCGCCUCCGGCUCGUCCACACCUGCGCCCAAGGGCAAGCCCGGACCCAAGCCGGGCUCGUCGCACACGAAAUCGGGCCCCAAAGACACAGACAGCGCGAUAAACUCGCAACUUAGAGCGCUGGACCGGACCGGAAAGCCUCCCCGGCACUGGGUCAAGACGCCUGUGCAAAUCAAGAGCUUCACCAAUUGCGCGUUCGACGUGCCCGAAUGGGGAAGCAGUGAUAAGGGCAUGAAUGAGAGGGGAGAGAAGAAGGUCAAGCUAGAGGUGGAGUGA